AUGCAGAAUAAUGUCGCCAUCAAGCAUCCCGUUGUACUCACGACGGACUCGUCCAGCUGCCGUCGUUGCCACACACUCAAGGUGAAAUGCUCUGGCGGCGUUCCGUGUCAAAGAUGCAAGAACGCCAAGAAAGACUCCCUGUGCGAAUAUCCUCAGCGAGAAAGAAGAGUGACUGUCUCCCAAAGCUACCUGGACCAGCUGCAGAACGGCAACAGACGGACGAGUAAUGUGGAAGCUGGGCCUGAAAGCCGCGAGGCCAGCCCAAGUCGGCCCUCGAUGGCUCAAGAUUCCCGCGCAACUAGCCAGGGACCUGCAGUGGACUCCGAGAUCAGCAACCCCUACCUUGAGCCACGAAGUCUGUUUCAGCUGGACCAAGCCUUGCGACAGCAAUUCGUUGGUGAAUCCACGUGCCUUGCUUUUGGAGACCGCAUUCUGCAAUGUCUCAAUCCCCAUUCAACACCACCAUCCAUGACAUCAGAGCAUCAGUAUGUGCGUGAUCCUGCCUUUGCUCGCCAAACGAGUGGCCUCGCUGGAUGUAAGCUUCCUGAGCGCAUUCGUGGGAUGCUCCUAAUACGAGUGGCCCUGCGUUUCAUUGGACAGGACUACCAUUUCUUCAUGCAUGGUGACUUCCUUCAGCAGCUUGAGAAAGCGUACGCAUCCAAAGACAGCCCCAAUUUCGAUGCCGUCUGGGCUUGCAAGUUGUUUGUUGUGCUGGCCCUCGGCGAGCUUUACUCAACCUCAAUACCAACAGCAAGCCAUGGCCGUGGACCGGCUGUUCCCGGCACUGAUUAUUUUCUCACGGCGGUGAGACUGCUCCAAGACUUGUUUGAAGAGCCGACCAUAGCCCAAGUAGAGGUUAUGCUGUUGUUUUGCUUCUACUCCAAUGCGUUAGGCAGAGUGAAAUCCGCUCACAUGUAUAGCGGAAUAGCAAUGCGGACGAGUACAACUCUUGGUCUACAUCGCUGUCUACCUGAGGGUACUGUCUUAUCACCUGUUGAGAGGGAGCAUAGGAUUCGCCUUUGGUGGACUGUUUAUAUCUUUGAUAGGUCGACAAGUUCGCGACUGGGCCAGCCAGUGACGAUCCAAGAUCCCGACAUUGAUGUGCAGCUGCCUUCGUUUGACGGCCUCCCGAAGGAGGUGCAGGAAAGAUUGGGAUCGCCUGCGCACCUGGCUGCCCAUAUAGAGCUAUCUCGUAUCACCGGGUCCAUCAUGCAAGAUAUUUAUGGUCCAUCUUCAAGGUCCAACCCUGGAAGAUUUGUGCAGAAUGUGCGCUCAAUCUUGAAGAAGCUCAAGAAAUGGGAUGCGCAUGCACCGCCCAGCCUUCAAUUGGGCCAAGGAGCAAUCCCCCGAUCAGUUGCCUCCCUGCAGCUGCAUUUCAACCAAUGUAUCAUUUUGACGACAAGACCGAUCCUUCUUUACGUGCUGAAAGUCAAGAAGCCAUUUGCGAAUUUACCGGGAGCUGCAACAGCUCCUAUUUCCGACACCGCUAGAACAUUAUCUGAUGCCUGCAUAUCUGCUGCCAGAACAUCAAACAGCAUUAUAUACCAAUUAUUCAUUGAUAAUGCUUUGGCUACAUACGGAUAUUUUGAUACACACCAUCUCUUUUCGUCAACACUCGUUCUCAUUAUCUCGGCCAUCAUCUCCCCCAAUUCAAGUGACUCUGAUGCAGUUCAGGCUGCAUUUCAGCUACUGAAAGGGAUGAGAGAUAGCGGGAAUGCAACAGCCGCACAGUACUUCUCGCGACUCGUACAUAUGCAAUGGAAUGUGAGCCGGCUUUUUGCCAGAGCAACGGCUGUGGAGGAGGCUGCCGCAUCAAACAGUGCCUUAGCCCAUACCACUCCCAUGAACUAUAUAUCUCCCAAUCCACCUCAGUCAGGCAUUUCCGACUUUGAGGCCUACGACUGGAAUAAUUUCCUUCCUCCCAACUCAGCGGAUGGCAACUACGAAGAUGGAGGGAUCGGCCAUACUGCGGUUGAUCCGUUGGACAACCCACUACUCCAGGCAUUUCUGGAUACCACAGAUGCAAGCUGGGACGAGAACUUGGGGCUAACAACAGAAGAACUUGGAAGCUAUGUUGUAUAA